UGUUUCGCGAGAGCCAUUGCAAAGGUUCAUUGUCUCAUCUUCGAUUCACGUACCCGAUCUUGGAAAGAAUUACCAAUCAAGUUCGCUGAUUUCGGUGUUCUCCAUCGAAAUGGAGUCUCUGGUGCUCUUUCCGGGUUAACGCGAGUCCGUCGAUUCCAACAAGAUGAUGCUCACAUCUUCUGUUCUCAUAAUCAAAUUGAAGAAGAGAUUGUGAAAGCUUUACAAUUCAUGCAAGAUGUUUACACUACUCUUGGGUUCACUUUCGAAAUGGUUCUGUCCACUCGACCAGAUUCCUACAUCGGUGAGAUUGAAAUUUGGAAUAGUGCCGAAGAAGCUUUAACGAACGCUUUGAAUGCUAGUGGACACAAAUGGGGACUCAAUCCCGGCGAUGGUGCUUUCUAUGGACCUAAAAUCGAUAUAACUGUGAAAGAUGCUCUUAAAAGAUCAUAUCAAUGCGCCACAAUCCAGUUGGAUUUUCAGUUACCAAUUCGAUUCAAUUUGAGUUACAUUGGACCGGAUGGUGAAAAACAUAAGCCGGUCAUUAUUCAUCGAGCCAUCUUCGGAUCUGUUGAACGUUUCUUAGCAAUCUUAGCCGAAAAUUUCGGUGGUAAAUGGCCUUUCUGGUUAUCUCCUAAACAAGCUAUUCUCAUUCCUGUAGCCGAACCUUUCAUUGAAUAUGCUGAGGCAGUUCGUUCUAAAUUGUAUGCAGCGGGUUUCGAAGUUGAAAUUGGAGCUGAUCCUGGACUGAGUUUAAAUAAGAAAAUUCGAAAUGCUCAACUCGACAGAUUCAAUUUCAUCUUGGUUGUUGGAGAAAAAGAAAAGGAAAACGAUUCAGUGAACGUUCGUACAAGAGAUAAUGUCGUUCGUGGUGAGAUUAAAGUGGAUGAUUUAGCGGAGAAGUUCAAAUAUUUCGUCGAAAAGAGGGUUUUAAAAGCAGAAGAAGAUUUCUAAUCGUAAAACUAAUUAUCAUUCAUUCAUUUACUUUCUACUCUCCAAUCUAUUCACUCGGAUAACUUAUACCCGAUGAAAGUGAAUAUAAUUGACUUGGUUUUGUUUGAUUGUUUGAUUUAGGAAAAAUAAAUAAACUCUUUUAAUUGAGACAA